AUGUCGAACCAGUCCGCCAUGGACUUAGGCAGCAACUCAAAGGAAGAAGAUAUCUCAGAUGGUGCAAAUAGGGGAACUAAAAGGAAACACAGCGACGCCAGUAAAGACCCGCCCCAGCUUAGUGUUAAACUUCCCCGCAUGAGUGAUAUCCAAUCACCAACAAAGGAUCGGAAUCAUGCACGCCUUCCUGUGGACAUUUUGUUACUGACUGUAAAGGACUGUGAGUUCUUAGCUUGUUAUAUGCACCUGAACAAUCCGUUCAGAUGUUGGUUCGAUGGUCUCGGUUUUGUUUACUUCGAGGACGAGAAUGAAGGCCAAGAUGAGAAAGUAAAAGUUGCUUUAUUGCGAUGCAAUGAAGGUUCUAGUGGUCCAGGAGGCUCCAUAGUAACUACAAAAAAUGCUGUCUCAGUGCUUAUGCCCAAAGCAGUUAUUUUAGUGGGAACGUGCGGUAGCCUCCGUCCUGAGGAAACCAAAUUGGGUGAUGUUGUAAUUUCUGCAAAGUUGACAACAUAUGGAUUGAAGGUUGUGACAAAUGAUAAAGAGCUGCACAAUAACAUAAGAACGUUUGCCAGCAAACGAUUUCUUGACCUCAUUAAGGAUUCAGCUCUUGGCUGGGAGGCUCCUUUGGAGAACACGGAAGAUCGAGAAGUCAAAAUUCACAGCAGCGGUGAGCUGUUGAGCGUUCCAGAAGUAAUCAAUACAGAAUUGCGGCGUAAACAGCUGGCUGAAACCUUUCCUCUGGCAGUGGCUGUUGACACCGAAGCCGAAGGUAAUGAAAUCCCUGGUGGGGUAGGGGUGGAAAGUUGGGGGCUGGGGUAUUAUAGCAAAAAUUAGAAAAAAAUCGGUUGUCCAUAGCAACGCGUUCUUUUUAAUGCCCUUAGGGGGUCCCUUAGGGGCAGGUUAAAAACAAGCGCGAGAUUUAACGAGCGCGCAAUCAAACUUGAUUGCGAUCGUCGCUUCAUCAACGGCGAUCGUCGCGAAUUCGAUUACGUCGAAAACACCCAGACAGAGGCUCACCAUUUGGAUAAUCUGUUCAGCCUUCUAGGUUUUUAAAAUUUACAGGUUUUGAGAACGCACCUUUCAAUUUGAUACCCUGCCAUUCAUUUCAUUUCUCAGCUAUACUCAAUGGUCCCAUUUAUGAGUGGUGCCGUGUUUCUGUUGCAGGACUUUACACAGCUGCAUUUGACCUCCAAGUUGAGUGGCUUGUUGUAAAGGGAAUUUCUAGUUAUGCAGAUGGAAGAGAGAACACAAAUGAAAAAUGGAGCGAAUUUGCAAGUGCUAAUGCCGCUUCUCUAGUUGCCAAGAUUUUAAAUGAUGAUGUCGUCUUCAAAAGAUGGCCUCAUUAUCAAGGAAACGACGACAAUUUUAUCAAAGGUAGGUUCGUUUAGUAGACACAAUAUAUAAUAUAGUUUCCACUUUUAUAUCGUGCUGUUGUUACUGACUCAACGAUAUGUUGGAAAACCCAAGGAGAUACUAAGGGUAAGUUUUUCCCAUGUCGUUUAGAAUAAAAACGACUUAUAUGGAAAAGCAAGGAAGGAAUAAGAGAAUGCUUAAGCCUUUAAAUAACCGCUUAGUAAACCUUUACGUAUCCACGGGUAAAAGUACAGUAAAGUUAAAUACAUCUUGUCUGAUCAUGUCCUUGUUAAUUGUCGUGUCCCGUCAGUGUUAAAAAGAAUUGAUGUUACAAAGAGAAAUUUGAGGUUGAUCACUCUCCACACGAAUCUGACAGUCAUGAAACCGCCUAUCUAUUUACCCGGAUUCAUAAGUGUGGACGUGAAUGAAAAUGAAUGGCAAAUUUCACAAGAAUUGUGAAAACACAGGUAAAAUUCGGAAAAUUUCAUGUUUAAGAUGAAUUUUGUGAAAUUUGACAUUUAUUUUCUCGGGCUCCCAUAAGAACGUUUCUUUGGUGUUAUGACAGAUAACUAAUUACAUCUUCAGCUCUUGAAAAAUGUGAAAAAAAUUGCAAUACUCUUUUAAUUAUUUUGGUACAAGGUUUUUGUCCACUGAAAAUUGAAAUUACUCAAUUUCCUGGUGGAUUCCGUCUUAAACGCUUUUCUCAAUCUAGAAUCAUAAUUACAGCUAGUAGACAUUAUGGAAACGGGGAAAAACGCUAUUGUACUCUUGUAAGCUGUAAAUUUGACAAGAUGUCUCUUAUCCAGUAACUGUUUCACGCUUCAUCCUGAAUGGGUGGAAAGAAAAGGCAAUUUAAAAAGGAAAAUAGAAUUAGAUCAUGGUCUCCGUGUGAAAUAGCAUAAUUCUCGGAUAUAAAAGUCAUAGAAAACCAAAUAGAGUGUAAUAAAUAAUGCACAUGGACUCCAUGUUCUGUCGCACUUUGUAACACCUAUCACACUUUGUAAUAACAUCGUCGAACUUUUUAAUAACACUUGUCGCACUUUGUAAAAACACUUGUGGCACUUUGUGAUAAACUUGAAAUGGAUGGUGGGAGGACAAGUAAAUCCAAUAAUAAGUAUCAUUAUUGACAACAACAACAAUAACAAUAAUAAUAAUAAUAAUAAUCAGCAAUUACUGAAUGAGGCUGAAUAGGAUAUGAAGAAUUAAGCAGAUCGAGGCGCUGUUAUCCACCUCGGCCGAUAACACCCGCCGAGAUCCGCUUAAUUCUUCAUAUACUACGAAAGCCGAACUCAUUAAUUACUUUAUUAUUCAUACAAAAUAAUUCCUAGUUUAAAAACAUAGCUAAAACAUGCUUACCUGCAUCAAUGUUAAUUCAUCUUCGAUAGUGUACGUUACGGUUUGUCCAACUCCGCAAUUAUUCUCCAAAUAGCAGAUGUUGCCCUCCGAGUUGUCUUCUUGCUGUUUUCGCCAUGUUUUUAGCUAUUAUUUUGCAUAGUUCCAGCUGUAGUUCUUACUCUUGAAACGAGUGAAAUGUCCGCCAUUUUUUUUCACAACCAAAACAACUCAACCUCGUCCCCAGGUCUUCUCGGUAACGGUGCCUUAACCUGUAGCGGACUGCAUUUUUGACGCCAUUUCCUCGUUAAACACAAAAUUCUUCCAAAUUCGGUCAUCAGUAACUGGUUAUGGUGAAUUAUGCGUGUGCUUUUAGCUAAUCAGAAUUGGGGAAAUAUUUUGAAUGAAUAAUAAUUGUUUAUUAUUAUUAUUAUUAUUAUUGAGGAUGUUUUAUGAUGAUGAUUAUUUAUAUAAGGGCCACUCAUAAAACGGCCACCACAAUAACACAGAUUAUAAUGUACUAUUUAUCUCCAACAUCUAGGCACGACUUGAUUGACACAACGACAUAAUUGGAGGUCAUUAUGAAGUCAUGUUCUUGAAUUUAUUGGUAAAAUCCAAUUCCCUAAUUUUCCCCUGAAAGCGAAAAACACUCAAAUAGUAAGGUGUCUGACAAAAUCAAGAAGUUGGCAAACACAUCAAUUAUCUCAAAAAGUGACGUCAUUCAUUGUUAAAGAAGGAUCUGGAACCUUUUCGUGGCCUACUGACAGAUUUCAAGUUUACAAUCAACUGUGCUCUGUGCAAAGUUAAUACUCGUUUUCGUGACCCAUAGGCUGGCUUUUCAGAUUCUGCCGCGUAUUUACUCCUCCUGUGGCGGGGUAGGGGGAAAUGUCAUCGCUAAAAAUACUCAUAAGAAUGUUUGGGCCUUCAAAUGCUAUCGUGUUUGAAUUACGGCGAUAAUCUCAAAUCAAAAAUGGGCUAAUGCAUGGUUCGUACUGUUUUAUAUAGGUCUUAGAUGGUUUAUCAUCAUGGACAUAAUUAUUUUGGCGAAACAAGUACAGUCUAACCUCUCCUUACCUUACAGUCUAAGUACAGUCUAACCUCUCCUUACCUCUCCUUGCCUAUUAAGUACCCAUGAACUGUGUGUAAAUUUAGCGUCCGUAAUAGUCACAAAGCCAUUUUAUGUGACAUAUGUCAGAACUGGACACAUUUAAAGUGCACUCCUUUUACAUGUGAGGAAUACAUUGCUUUAUCUAAUACUAACGAAGAUUGGUUCUGCUCAUUUUGUCUUGCCACUCUAUUUCCAUUUAACCAUUUUGAAGAUGAUACUGAUUUCUCCUUUGCACUGUUCGACUUUAAUUUUGAAGGAAAUUUUGAUCCUGAACUUCUUAAGCAAAAAGUGUUUAAUCCCUUUUUUGAUGACCCUGAGACAUCUCAUCUGCUAAUGAACUCUAACCUUGAUCCUAACCCCAAUUUUUUUACCGCAAAUUCAGAAUUACUUUCGAACUGCAUAUAUCUAACCUCUUCAGAAUUUAACAAAAUUCCUUUUCCUCCUGAUGCAUUUUCUGCUUUCCUUAUUAAUUUCCGUAGCCUCCCUAAACACUUUGACUACCAGUCGGAAUAUCUUCUUUCACGACUUAAUAUGUUGUUCUCUGUUGUUGCCGUUUCUGAAACCUGGUUACAUAAGUCUAAUUCUGAUCUUUUUAAUAUUCCUGGCUACCAUUUUAUCUCCAAUUCAAGAGAACAUAAAUUAGGUGGUGGAGUUGGUCUUUACAUUCAGUCUGAUAUGAUUUUUAAGCCUAGGAUUGAUCUUCAAUCUUCUGACAAUUCAUUGUACGAAUCAGUCUUUGUGGAAAUCAUGCGACCUCAUGGUAAAAAUAUUAUCGUUGGCUGCCUCUAUAGACCUCCCGAUGCCUUUCUUAAUGACUUUAACAAGUCUGUUGAAGAUGUCUUGUCAGCCAUCAGUUUUGAGAAUAAGCUAUCUUAUAUUAUGGGUGAUUUUAAUAUCAACAUCCUCAACUCUCAUUCUCAUCAACCUACAAAUGAGUUCAUUAAUCUUAUGACAUCUAAUACAGUAAAAACCCGCAACUAAGAACCUUCAUUUUUAGGAGUUAGCCUAAACAGGUUCUUAUAUAAAUGGUAGUUAACAGAAUUUUAGGCUAUUUGGGUUCUUAAAAUGGGUUCUUAAUCCUGGAGAAAAAGUAGUUAGUAUGCUUUUUAAGUCUACAUAAUUAUCUUGCACUCACUUUUCUUUAAAAAACAUUUUUACAACAAUGACAAUCUGCUUUUUUUGCUUCAAAUAUGAUUCUUGCAAAGCAGCUGUAAUGUACUAGUAUGAUUUUAGAAAAUAAGAACCUGUUUUAUAUUUCUUAGGCGAAAUAGGUUCUUGUUUAUAGGGGGUAUAAAUGACCAAUUUUAGGCUAACAGGUUCUUAAUUUUUAGGUUCUUAGUUGUGGGUUUUUACUGUAGCCUCUAUCCUUUGAUCUCCAAACCAACUCGCAUAACUUCCUCAACUGCAACUCUGAUUGACAACAUAUUUACAAACAAUCUUGAACUUAACAUGAAUAGUGGCAUUCUUUACACUGACUUAUCUGAUCACCUCCCAGUUUUUCAAGUUACCCACUUGAAAAUGAUUGUUGAGCCACCACGCCAAAAGAGAUUUGUACGUCUUAUUAACUCAACAACUAUGUCAGCAUUCAGGUCUAAACUGGAAGGUGUCGACUGGUCUUCAGUCUAUUCCAAUGAUUCUGUAAAUGAAUCUUAUGACACAUUCUCUAGUCUUCUUACUUCGGCAUACAGUAUGUCAUUUCCUCUUCAACCCGCACGUUCUAAACCUCACCGCUCUUCAAAACCCUGGUUCUCAAAUGGUCUCUUUACUUGUUGUAAAAGGAAAAAUUCUCUUUACAAACAGUUCCAGUUAAACCCAACUGCACUCAACAAGUUGAGAUACAAAAAAUACCGUAAUAAAUACAAUUUUCUCAUCAAACUUGCCAGGAAAAAAUUCUUCUAUGACAAACUGCUCUCUGUCAGUUCAGAUUUAAUAAAGACAUGGUCAGUCAUAAAACAGAUUAUCUCCAAAAAGGAACCUGAGCAACGUUUCAAUAACAUGAAAGAUAGUUCUCGUUCAUACUCAAAUCCUACUCAGAUAGCUACAAAGUGUAAUAAUUUCUUUGCUAAUGUUGGUCCUUCUUUGGCAAAUAAAAUCUCUCCCACUCAAAUUACGUAUAGAGAGUUUCUGAUUGGUCAUUAUGCAAAGUGUUUCUAUCGUAACCCAACUUCUCCCACUGAGGUUGCUAAUAUAGUCCAUGCUCUAAAAAAUAGUAAAUGUGAGGGUUUUGAUGGCCUCUGUAUUUCCCCUAUAAAAGAUACUAUUGAUUCAAUAGCUGCCCCUUUGACCCAUAUCUGUAAUCUGUCAUUUUCUCAAGGUGUUUUUCCAGAUAAGCUUAAAACAGCCAAGAUCCUUCCCAUCUUCAAAUGUGAUGACUCUUCCUUUUUCUCUAACUACAGGCCUAUUUCUAUUCUUCCCUGUCUUUCCAAGGUCUUCGAAAAGCUCUUUUACUUCAGAUUGUCUGGAUUUCUUGAAAAAUUUGACAUGCUUCUUUUUUCUUUUUUGUGCAAGGCACCAUUAUGGCUGCCACGUUUUCAGGAGCUUUUCGCCUAUUUACUAUUUUUAGUGUUCUUCUCGUUCUGAAUGCUGCCCAAGACUCCUACAAUUAUCACUCUACGGGAGUUGAAAGUCCUUGGUUUCUCAAACAUAUUUAAUCCAAGUCUACUAUGCCUAAAUUUAGAGUUCGCCGACCGGUGGUGUUGUGGAGGCGUCCACUGCCUAACCUUGCUUGCAGUACCGGAGAAAUACAUCAUACUAGAUAUCACUAUAGACACGGACGUCGAGUCACAACCGGUCCAGAGACAGACGGGAGUCUCGGAGGAAACAAUAAGAACUACCCGACGUUAAUGCGAACUAAGCCAGCGUCUUUGGAAUGCUCUGAACUCUUGUCGCUCCGAAACAAAGCCUCCAAGCCAUCUCUGGCCGUUCUCUCUCAGUUCAAGUCACUCGGCGUUCUGAAGUACCGUGGGCAACGUGGGACUGGAAUUUCACGAUCCACCUCAACCAAGAAAAUCCCGGUGAUGCAAGGCCGCCUUUUCGUCAAGGCUGAAGGUCGGAAAGUUGAUCGGAGUAACUUAAUAAAUAUUCCGUUCGUCAACACAACUAACGAAACAUCCACUUCCAAAUCAACGGAAUUCGCUGUCCCAAAGUGUUUGUUUACGAACAUUUGUGGCAUGUCGAAAACAAAGAAUCGUGUGCGAGCACCUGUGGCGCUCGAGGCUGACCUGAGAUCUCAGGACAUUGAUGUGUGUGUUGUCAGCAAAACUCAUCUUUCCACCAAUAUGCCGGACGCCGUGGUGAAUAUCCCAAAUUACAAUGUGUUCAGGCGGGACAGAGAUUGGGCAGGCUUGGACAAAAGGAAAAAAGGGGGUGUUGCGGUCUAUGUGAGAGACAGUCUUAAAGUCCUGGAUGUUUACGGUUCAAUUUCUAUGAGUUUAUUGCUUUGACAGUGCUGUUGCCGUCCGAUCACAUUAUGCUAAUUUGUGGCCUGUAUAAUCCUCCCAAGCAUAGCUACCGGGAUAUAGACUUAAUGAAUCUCCUUUGUGGACCUUGUUUUGAACAAACACCCAGAAGCGGCUAUUGUUGCGGUGGACAUAUAAAUCUUCUGGACAUGCAAGAAUUUAAGGCUUUGUCUGGCUGAGAUUUCAUGGUUGAUUUCCCCACGCAGGGUAACGCGUGCUUGGAUCUGUUCGGUCAAGCAUAUUCCAUACAUAUGCUUAUUAAGACAGACCAUGAAGGCUUUGUUUUACCGGCGGGACUAAAACUUAAACCUGUGCGCCGCAAAGUUCUUGUGCGGGACUGUAGGGAACAUCGGAAACAGUCAUGUUUCUUCUAAUAAUACUGUUGUGUGUGGGGUCCCUCAAGGUUCUGUUCUUGGCCCUUUAUUAUUCCUCUUAUACAUUAAUGAUCUUUUUCUUUCUUCAAAUUUUCUUUCAUUUAUUCUCUUUGCUGAUGACACCAAUAUUUCUUUUCGUCAUAAAGACUUGGCUACUUUCGCUAGAAUGGUUAAUCAAGAGCUUUCUCAUGUCUCCUCCUGGUUUAACGCAAACAAGCUUACUGUUCAUCCUGAUAAAUCCAAAUUCAUCAUCUUCCAUCCACAACGUAAACAGAUCAAUCCUUCAGAAUUAAACAUCUUAAUAAAUAACACCCCUAUAGCGCGGAACACCGCGGCAAAACGCAAUGCGCAUGAGCACAAAAUUUAAUAUCCGGUCAGCUUUUUAUUUCCGGUCUAGUAUGUAAACUAAUAGCGUAAGCAUAACUUUGCCGUCGCGCCAAGUUUAAAAGCAAAAAGGGCGAAACAGACAAAAAAGGGGGCCAAAAAAAUCACUUCAUUCGAAAGCUUAUAUAUUUUUCUAUUCUCAAACUUUUGCACCACAUGGGUAUCUGUUUACAGCAACGGUGAAAAUGAUGUUUGAAGUUUGCAGGUCGCGAGCGCUCGACAAGACGAAUUUGUUCUUACUGGCUUUCUUGCAUGCUACUGGUUUGGCAUAAGUUAAUUUGGGAGGAGGCGACAACUAAGAAAAGAAUAACAAUACUUAUGAAAGAAACCAAAAUAAAGACGUCAUCAUUAUCAUAAAAAACACUAAAACCAGGAAAUAAAAUUUUAGUCCGUUCAAUAAUUUGUUUUAUUAUCAGAGAAAACAAGAACUCAAAACAAAAGAUGGGCGGGAUUUAAUAACAACUUUGACUUUGAUGACUGCAGAAACUAAACAUGCCUAUAAAUGACUUUCAUUCAAGAAAAUGCCUAUUUAAUUCUUUUACAUGGUUGUUUUCUUGUUGAAGACUUCAAUAAUUUCAGACUGUGCGGCUCGGAUGCAUCUCAUGCAAACACGAAACUUCUAGCUGCUAAAUACAUGGCAUGAAAAGUUCGACUUCUAAAAGCCACUGAACCAGCUUUCGCUCUCUGAUUCUGAGAAUGGAAAAAUAAAUAAAUAGAGUUGUCAACUUGCUGCCAACCGGCCCAACAGUAUAAUUAAGCUUAUGUUUCAUGGCAAUCAACCCAGAAGAGUUUCGUUUUAAAACACGGUAAAACCCAGUGGUAAACAAAACUACAAAGCGAUUGUGAGUUGUCGUUUUCCAAAUAAAGUUUGAAUCGGCUUUAACACAUGUAGACUGAGAAACUGAAGAACUGAAAAUUAGAACUACAAUACACAAGCUUGCAAUGAUAACGUUUUAAUUUUAUGUCUUAGUUUCAGCCAGGUUAAGUGAAAAAUAACAGUCAAAAACUUUAUUUUCGUGAAUAAAAAUCAGUUUACCUGACGCUCUAGCCAAAUUUACUCAUUGAGUUAUUAUCAUCUUACCAUUUCCGAAUCUAAUCGACUAAUUGUUUCAGUGAUCUGUGCCUGGUUAUCCAUAAAAGCAAUUUCAAUAACUACAAAAUAGCCAAAAACACGAGCAGCAUAAAGCAGAACAACUGAACCACAAGCUGCACACAGAAUGAAGCUGAGAGCGCGCGGGAGACUUUGACUGGAAAGUGUGACUGAAAAAGAGACCGGAAAUGCUCAACCUGGCGCAUGCGUAGACGUUUUGCCGCGGUGUUAUAGCGCGGGUACAGGAACAUGAAUUUCAUGGAAUAAUUAUUUACGAAAACCUUUGAUAGAAACCUCACAUCACCUCCAUCUGCGAUAAAGUCGCUAAGGUUAUAGGAAUUUUGUCUAAAUCGAGACGAUACUUACCUUCGGUCGCUCUAAAAACCUUAUAUAAUUCCCUCUUUCUACCUUAUAUCAACUAUUGUAACCUCAUCUGGGCAUCUACAUAUGCCUCCUACCUUGAACCCCUCCAUCUACUCCAAAAGAAAGCCAUUCGAAUUAUCACGUUUUCUCCUCCACGAACUCGUUCUAAGCCUCUUUUCUCCAAGCUUAAUAUUCUUUCUCUCCAUUCACGUUAUAAAUUUCAUGUUUCUUGUUUUGUAUUCUCACACUUUAAUCACCUUUUACCUGCCUCUCUUUCCUCGCUCAUCCACUUUAAUUGUGAUUUUCAUGAUUAUCAAACUCGUUCUCGUUUCAGCUUAAAUAAAAUGUCUCUCAGGUAUCAAUUUGCGAUUAGUCCUCAAGCCCCGACUAUUUGGAACGAUAUCCCCUUGACUGUCCGUGACAGCCUUACCACUACUAACUUUAAAAAGAUAAGCCUGAAUUGAACUAGCGUAGGAUUCUCAUAGUUUAUUGUUAGUUUAUUUGUCACUAGUUCCGUCUCUGUUAUGGGACUGCAUGCAUGUAAACUUAUUUAAUUUCAGUUUUGUAUCUUGUUUUAGUUUUGUAGUUUAACUUACAGUAUUCAUUUCUAUAUAAAAUAAUUUCUGUCAUUCUGACCACAGACCGUAUAAGCCCCCGGCUUUGGCUUUACUGAGUUUGUACUAUAUGAGCGAUGGAAUAAUAAAGUCAAGUUAAGUUAAAAAGUUACGGACACCUCUCUAUUACGGACAGUUCGUUUGGUCCCAGAAAUGCAAAAAAACAUACAUUCCCUACCUCUAUAAGACGGAAACCUCUGUAAAGUGUACAAAAUUAAUGGCUCUGUCCCGUUGGUGUCCGUAUUAAAGAGGUUUGACUGUAGCAUACUUCAAAGGUCUAGGCAGAGACAUCUCAAUAUUUUGCUAGACAGAAAGAACUUGUAGCAACGAGAGGCGAAAAAUGCCUUGUUGUUACAACUUACAUAGAGAUUGGAACUUGAGCAUAAACGUUCGAGACUGAGAUCUUUUGUUAGUAUCAUUGAACUUAAGAUUUGCAUUUCGUAAUUUCAUAAUGGUCCCAUAAUGGCUCUUGAUCUUAGCUGGGCCACUCUUUGCGAUGUCGCAUUUUCCGAUUAUUAUGAAUCUAUUUUGUUUCAUGUCGGUUCUAGCGCAUUCGAAAUUUCCACAAAAUUAGCAGUCAUUGUGGCACAAUGAUAUGCAGUAGUGCGAUAAUAACAGUAAUAAUAACGAUGAUGAUGAUAAUGAUUGUAGCACCGUGUUGUGCUCGAUGUCUGUGUAGGGCAAUUUCCAAGUAAAAGCCUCCGCUGGGCUUAUAUUGGGAGGGGCGAUUUAACGGAGGGUUUUUUGCGUUACGGGCUUGGGGGGCUUAUGUUUGGAGGGGCUCAUACAUGGACGGGCUUAUUUUCGGAAUUUUACGGUAUUUCGUUACAAAGUGCGACAGCUUUUUAUUACAAAGUGCGACAAGUGUUAUUACAAAGUGCGACAAUUUUAUUACAAAGUGCGACGAUUAUUACAAAGUGCGCCAGAACACUCCAUGAAUGGGUUAUUAACUAAGUUGUCUCGUACAUGUAUUCUUCAUAUAUUUUACGGCCAUCUUCAGUGCAGAAAAAUAGUAAUUCCUCACCAGGCCUCUUACGGAUUUUCAUCGCCUUAGUCUUCUUAACAUUGAUCUUCAAUAUUACCCUGCUUUAGUUGGGUCCCUUCUGUAACAAAUUAGAUGCCGCUUUUACUUUGAUGACUUUAAGAGGCAUAGAGGUAUAGCAAAGAGUCAUUUCUUCCCGAUAAGCCAACUUCAUGGCUAAAAUGUUACAAAGCCCGAUCAAGGCUUAAACUAGCAUUCCCCGCGAAACUUACGUUUUUAUUCAACAAAGUAACAUUUCAUUUAAAUUUUCAGAAUGAUACCUCCCAAAAAAACCGCGAGGUUUGGAGUCUUGUCGUGAGGCCGUGAGAAAAGUUAAAAAAUCUUGAGACUCACGGCAGAAUCAUGAGAGUUGGCAGGUCUGUGUCUCCGCGCGGCCAUGCCAUCUCCUCUAUUUGGCUAUCGAUUUUACUCAAUUGGACUACUUUUGGAACACGUAAAAAAGGAACCAGAAAUACCAAGCGAUCGGCCAAAAUAAGAACAUACAAAGUAAUUGGGCGGGAAUUUCACAUUUUAGACCCUUAUAUCUUUUUAGUGAAGGGACAUAUGUUAAUUUUGUUUUUCAGUUUCGAAUUCCUUUCGAAAAGGUCUUACCGUUUAUACCCCAUAACAAUACAAUUAAAAAUUCAGGCUAAAUAUUAGGCGUCCUUUUCCCUACAAAAAUAUCUAGAUCUGAAUCAUGCUGUAAAAGAACCUACAAAAAGUUUAAGUGAAUGACGAUGUUUAUAAUGUUAAAAGAUUUUAUGGUAAUUGCAUUAAAACUCUGAAAGAUGUUUUUAAAUUUGAAUUUCGCAGAUUUUUUCUUUCUUGCUAAAAACAACACUGGGACAGAUUAUUCACCCCAUAUUGCACAAAUCCUCAGAAUAGAAUUCAAAGGCCUUUGAAACCUUAAGCUGUAGUGACUUUGCAGCCCCGAAUCGAAGCUGGCGGGAUCGUUCAAAGAAGUGCGGAGAAUGGGGAGGAGAGGCUUUAAAUUCAAAACUGUCACAGGCACGAAAGCAAUUCCGACAUCGACGCAGGCUCUGACUUUGCGGUGCUUUUCUAAGUGAUUUUAUUCAAAUUUAAUUGGGAGAGCAAGGGUGAGAGCACUCGCCUCCUUCCAAUGUAGCCCGGGUUCGAAUCCUGGCGUCGACGCCAUAUGUGGGUUGAGUUUGUUGUUGGUUCUCUCCUUUGCUCCGAGAGGUUUUUCUCCGGGUACUCCGGUUUCCUCCUCUCCUUAAUAACCAACAUUUCCAAAUUCCAAUUCGAUCUGGAACUCACAGACACGUUUCAACGAGUUCCUAAGAACUCCUAAGUGUUCCGUGGGAAAACAAAUUACAAUAAUUACAAUAACUUAUAAUAAUAAUUAAAUUUAAACUAUUGAAAGUGAGAAGUUUUAAAAGAUGAUUUAGGUCCAUCACUUGACUUAAUUAUUAUAUAAGAUGCUAACAUUCUUGUGUGCCUAGUCUUGUUGAGAUGAGUCUGAAUUCGCCUUUUCCUUUUUCCCAGAAUUAUUUAGUAAUCCUAAGUGUCUUACCGUGGAUGCAUUGGUCUUAGGCUUGCGUGCAGACGUAUCAUAUUUCUUUUAUUGCACGCAGGCUUAUUUGUAUUAGUAAAAUCCAACUAGUGGUCUAUUAUCAAUGCUGCGUUCUGAUUGGUUGAGCUACUACUAGACUAUAUGUUAUAGCCCACUAGUAGCGAAAAGCGCCGGCGCUUGAAAACCAAAACAAUGGCGGCUGAAUCGCGUUUUGCUAGCUAAAGUUGUUUUGUCUCGAUAUUUUUGACCAGCUAUUGGGGGUUUGCUAAUUACAAUUAUUCCUCUCGCCCUCACCGCCUCUGAGUCAAUAGCCCAUUCGGCCUUCGGCCUCCUGGGUUAUUGAGUCAGAGCCCAUUCGGGCUCGAGGAAUAAUUGUUAAUUAAUGCAUACCAGAGCGGGGUACACGUUAGCCUACGUAUCAGGCCUUCCUCAGGGACUUUGGGGAGAGGAAAUCUUAGAUGGGGGAGGGGGUAAAGAGGAAAGAGGUUUCUAUCCCUUUGCUCUAUCUCCUUUUCGCUUUUCUCUUCUCCUCUCCCCCAGAAACGCCUCAUACUCAGGCUAGGUACACAUUAUUGUCAUCCAAAGUUUAACGAGGGUUAGUCAGUGUGUGUCGAAGUAAAGAAAGUAAAUGUACCGUUGCCUAGCCUGCUAACUGUUGCCUGAAUUCAAACCUGCCCCCCACUUAACUGCGAAUAUAAAGAGGUUAUUGAAUAAAUCGCUUCAUUAGCACUGAGUUUUCAUUUGGAAGGUCACAUAUUUGAGUUACUUCCAGUGGCGGUAGUUACAUUAAAUUGCCAUCUUUAUAUUAUAGUUGGUCUUUAUCUAUUUGCUUUCUUACUUCUUUUGAUUUCAAAGGCCAUGAAAAUAAUCGUUAAAGUUUCAUUGUUUCUUUGUGUUUGCCUUGGUCACCAAAAAGUGCAAAUUUGACUGUUAUUCUUUAUCAUUUACGUCUAAAGGUGUGAGACCAUCGCCCUUGGCAACUUCCCUCCCUAAAAUGGUUCCUCAUUUUACUGGGCGUCGAAGCGAAUGUGAUGAGAUCAUGGGUCACUUGACUUCUGAUACUACCCAGCUUGUGACGAUCUGGGGUUCACCUGGAUUUGGAAAAACAUCUGUUGCAAUUGCGGUGGGACACGAUCUCCGAAACAAGGGAAUGCCGGUGUGUUGGUUGUCCUUACGUGGUCUGAGGUCAAAAGCUGCUCUAACUUCAAAGAUUCUCGGCUGUAUCAGGCCAUCUGUCAUAAAUGAACAGCCCUCGUUUUUGCGUCUUUCUCUUGAUGAUCAGCUUUGUCAGUUAUUAAGCGAAAUUUCGGAACGAUCUUUUUUCAUUCUCGAUAAUGCUGACGAUUUGUUGGAAAGUGGUGACCCAGAAGUAAAGGAAGAUGUUUUACAACUCAUUGAAGAAAUUCUCAGGCGCAAUGAAAAGUUGACAAUCGUAGUAACAACGAGGGAGUCUCUGGAGUUUAUGAACGUACAUUUUCAAGGCCACAAGAGUGUAAGGAUAAGAACACUGGAAGAAGCCAACUCUCAGACCUUAGUUCAGGAAUUACUUUCAAACGUCAGUUCUUUGGAGUGUCGGCGAAUCACACAAAUCUGUGGCUUUGUACCCUUAGCAAUUAAAUUAUUGUGCUGCGCGAUUUCUGAAUAUAAAGCUCAACCGAGCCAAUUCCUUGAUGAAUUCAUGCAGCACUCCGCUUCGGCGAGUAUCAUCGAGAUGUUAGACAACGCAGAUUAUCCUCCCAAUCACAGAUUGCAAUUUCUUGUUUCCUCAUCUUUCCAAAGACUGAAUGUACAGGAACGAGAAGCACUAGUCUCGUUAAGUAUUCUUCCUGAUAAUUUCGGUAGUGAGGUUGCUUCAGCCGUUUUGGGUAAAAACACCUUUCAUACCAAGAAGAUAUUGCAAAGCUUUCGGAGAAAGUCACUUCUUGAUUCAGGUUUGCAGGAAGAGUUCUUCACGAUGCACAAACUUAUUCAAACAUUUGCAAGAGAAAAGGGACUAAAUGAAAUGAAAGACACGGUCCUUAAAUCAAAGCAUCAUUUGAAUUCGUUUUACGUGUCACUGUUUGAGAAGCUGAAUAGGCAAUAUCUCACUGGUCAUUCAAUGGAGGCCUUUCUGGCAUUCUAUAAAGAUGAGCAAAGCAUUGUUCAAAGCCUAUUGGAGUCUCUUUCUGAUCCCAUUGCAGCACGCGCAGUUUUUGAGGUGUUAGCAGAAGGAGAGUUAUUUCUGGAUAACCUUUAUUUCUUAGAAGCAUCAACCUUUAACAAAAUUUACGAUUCAGCAAUUGAGGCUGCGAAGAGGCUGGAGGCAAACGAGUCUUACAGUCAACUUCUGGUUUCAAAGGCGUUCGCAGAAGCAUGUUGGGGACCGAAUGGAAGUACGAAGCAGUUGCUUUGUAGAGCGAAGGAAACGGCGGAAUCCUCGGCCCUGCGAUUUUUUUCCAAGUCAGAACCACAAGGAAAACGUCUGUGUUAUUUAGGCAUCAACUACCUUGCUAGCUCUAAAACUGAAGAAGGAGUUCAGUAUUUACGAGAGGCUCUUCAGUUGAUGUAUGGGAGCCCAGAUUUGGCAGUACUUAGGCUUGUUGCUCUCCAAAUUCUUGGUCAUUUUUCCCAAAUUCAGAACCAUAUGCUCGACUUGAAUCAGUUACUGUAUAAUGCAAAAAAGGAAUGCAAGGCAGUAGGAGACACGGAUCUACUUUUGAUAUCCUCAUGGAAAAGCAAAGAGAGAAAAACUGAAGUAGUCGAAAACCAGACAGACUCUAGCAUUCUUUCUAACCAUCCUCUAAGAUGGCAAGUACUUGACCUGGUAAGCAAGGCAACGAAGAACUUCGUGGAUACUGAUACUAAGCAACAUUUUCGAAAUAUUUCGCAUAAAAUGCUGAAAGAGAUCGAAAUAGAGCACCACGUUUCAAGCGGUCUCUUUCGUUUUCAUCGAAAUGUUAUAACCUUAUUUAAGACAAGUGGAGACACUAAAAUGCUCCUUAAAACAAGAAUCAAUUACCAUCAAACAGCCCUCAGUCUAUGCAACGAAAAUUCGUCCGCUUACCACUUGCACGGUGAAGCUCUUGCAGCGUGUUACAUGGAUCUUGGAAACUUUCUCUCCAGGAAAAAUAAAUAUUCUGAAGCCUUUAGAGCCCAAAAGCAAGCACUGGGCUUGACAAUCCCUCUUGAGGGAGAAGAACACGCAAGCGCCGCUGUUAGUUAUGAUGAGCUUGGCGUCAUUCACCAUUCACCUAAAGACUUAAAGGCAGCAGUAGAUUGUGGCCAGCACGCACUUGAGAUCCGUCUUAAACUGUUCGGAGAAGGACACCCAAGUACCGCUGAUAGUUAUCGUGAUCUUGGCGUCACUCACCAUUCACUUGGAGACUUCAAAGCAGCACAAGAUUCUCUACAGCACGCACUUGAGAUCCGUCUUAAACUGUUCGGAGAAGAACACGCAAGCACCGCUGAUAGUUAUCUUAAUCUUGGCGAAACUCACCAUUCGCUUGGAGACUUCAAAGCAGCACUAGAUUCUAAGAAGCACGCACUUGAGAUCCGUCUUAAACUGUUCGGAGAAGAACACGCAAGCACCGCUGAUAGUUAUCGUAGACUUGGCGUCACUCACCAUUCACUUGGAGACUUCAAAGCAGCACUAGAUUCUUACAAGCACGCACUUGAGAUCCGUCUUAAACUGUUCGGAGAAGAACACCCAAGCACCGCUGAUAGUUAUCAUAAUCUUGGCGCAACUCACCAUUCACUUGGAGACUUCAAAGCAGCACUAGAUUCUUUACAGCACGCACUUGAGAUCCGUCUUAAACUAUUCGGAGAAGAACACGCAAGCACCGCUGAUAGUUAUCGUGAUCUUGGCGUCACUCACCAUUCACUUGGAGACUUCAAAGCAGCACUAGAUUCUAAGAAGCACGCACUUGAGAUCCGUCUUAAACUGUUCGGAGAAGAACACGCAAGCACCGCUGAUAGUUAUCGUAGUCUUGGCGUCACUCACCAUUCACUUGGAGACUUCAAAGCAGCACUAGACUCUAACAAGCACGCACUUGAGAUCCGUCUAAAACUAUUCGAAGAAAAACACGCAAGCACCGCUGAUAGUUAUCGUAAUCUUGGCGUCACUCACCAUUCACUUGGAGACUUCAACGCAGCACUAGAUUGUGACCAGCACGCACUUGAGAUCCGUCUUAAACUGUUCGGAGAAGAACACGCAAGCACCGCUGAUAGUUAUGUUAAUCUUGGCGAAACUCAGCAUUCGCUUGGAGACUUCAAAGCAGCACUAGAUUCUAAGAAGCACGCACUUGAGAUCCGUCUUAAACUGUUCGGAGAAGAACACCCAAGCACCGCUGAUAGUUAUCAUAAUCUUGGCGUCACUCACCAUUCACUUGGAGACUUCAAAGCAGCACUAGAUUCUUUACAGCACGCACUUGAGAUCCGUCUAAAACUAUUCGGAGAAGAACACGCAAGCACCGCUGAUAGUUAUCGUGAUCUAGGCGUCACUCACCAUUUACUUGGAGACUUUAACGCAGCACUAGAUUGUGACCAGCACGCACUUGAGCUCCGUCUUAAACUGUUCGGAGAAGAACACGCAAGAACCGCUGAUAGUUAUCAUAUUCUUGGCGUCACUCACCAUUCACUUGGAGACUUCAAAGAAGCACUAGAUUCUUACAAGCACGCACUUGAGAUCCGUCUUAAACUGUUCGGAGAAGAACACGCAAGCACCGCUAAUAGUUAUGAUGGGCUUGGCGUCACUCACCAUUCACUCGGAGACUUCAAAGCAGCACUAGAUUCUAAGAAGCACGCACUUGAGAUCCGUGUUAAACUGUUCGGAGAAGAACACGCAAGCACCGCUAAAAGUUAUUAUAAUCUUGGCGUCACUCACCAUUCACUUGGGGACUUUAAAGCAGCGCUAGACUCUAAGAAGCACGCACUUGAGAUCCGUCUUAAACUGUUCGGAGAAGAACACGCAAGCACCGCUGAUAGUUAUGUUAUGCUUGGCGUCACUCAUCAUUCACUCGGAGACUUCAAAGCAGCACUAGAUUCUAAGAAGCACGCACUUGAGAUCCGUCUUAAACUGUUUGGAGAAGAACACGCAAGCACCGCUGAUAGUUAUCAUGGGCUUGGCGUCACUCACCAUUCACUUGGAGACUUCAAAGCAGCACUAGAUUCUGAGAAGCACGCACUUGAGAUCCGUCUUAAACUGUUCGGAGAAGAACACGCAAGCACCGCUGAUAGUUAUCAUGGGCUUGGCGUCACUCACCAUUCACUUGGAGACUUCAAAGCAGCACUAGAUUCUAAGAAGCACGCACUUGAGAUCCGUCUUAAACUGUUCGGAGAAGAACACGCAAGCACCGCUGAUAGUUAUCAUGGGCUUGGCGUCACUCACCAUUCACUUGGAGACUUCAAAGCAGCACUAGAUUCUGACCAGCACGCAUUUGAGAUCCGUCUUAAACUGUUCGGAGAAGAACACGCAAGCACCGCUGAUAGUUAUCAUGGGCUUGGCGUCACUCACCAUUCACUCGGAGACUUCAAAGCAGCACUAGAUUCUAAGAAGCGCGCACUUGAGAUCCGUCUUAAACUGUUCGGAGAAGAACACCCAAGCACCGCUGAUAGUUAUCAUAAUCUUGGCGUCACUCACCAUUCACUUGGAGACUUCAAAGCAGCACUAGAUUCUUUACAGCACGCACUUGAGAUCCGUCUAAAACUAUUCGGAGAAGAACACGCAAGCACCGCUGAUAGUUAUCGUGAUCUAGGCGUCACUCACCAUUCACUUGGAGACUUCAACGCAGCACUAGAUUGUGACCAGCACGCACUUGAGAUCCGUCUUAAACUGUUCGGAGAAGAACACGCAAGCACCGCUGAUAGUUAUCAUAUUCUUGGCGUCACUCACCAUUCACUUGGAGACUUCAAAGCAGCACUAGAUUGUGACAAGCACGCACUUGAGAUCCGUCUUAAACUGUUCGGAGAAGAACACGCAAGCACCGCUGAUAGUUAUGAUGGGCUUGGCGUCACUCACCAUUCACUCGGAGACUUCAAAGCAGCACUAGAUUCUUACAAGCACGCACUUGAGAUCCGUCUUAAACUGUUCGGAGAAGAACACGCAAGCACCGCUAAAAGUUAUCAUAAUCUUGGCGUCACUCACCAUUCACUUGGGGACUUUAAAGCAGCACUAGACUCUAAGAAGCACGCACUUGAGAUCCGUCUUAAACUGUUCGGAGAAGAACACGCAAGCACCGCUGAUAGUUAUGAUAUGCUUGGCGUCACUCAUCAUUCACUCGGAGACUUCAAAGCAGCACUAGAUUCUAAGAAGCACGCACUUGAGAUCCGUCUUAAACUGUUCGGAGAAGAACACGCAAGCACCGCUGAUAGUUAUGAUGGGCUUGGCGUCACUCACCAUUCACUCGGAGACUUCAAAGCAGCACUAGAUUCUAAGAAGCACGCACUUGAGAUCCGUCUUAAACUGUUCGGAGAAGAACACGCUUGCACCGCUGAUAGUUAUCAUGGGCUUGGCGUCACUCACCAUUCACUUGGAGACUUAAAAGCAGCACUAGAUUCUGAGAAGCACGCACUUGAGAUCCGUCUUAAACUGUUCGGAGAAGAACACGCAAGCACCGCUGAUAGUUAUGAUGGGCUUGGCGUCACUCACCAUUCACUCGGAGACUUCAAAGCAGCACUAGAUUCUAAGAAGCACGCACUUGAGAUCCGUCUUAAACUGUUCGGAGAAGAACACGCAAGCACCGCUAAAAGUUAUUAUAAUCUUGGCGUCACUCACCAUUCACUUGGGGACUUUAAAGCAGCACUAGACUCUAACUAG